AUGCAUAUCUGUUCAGGAGCAGAAGGGCGACCUCCGGAGAACGACCUGGCAACGCAGCAGCGGAGUGGACAGUGGGGUCCUGGGCCGCAGGAGAACACGACGGCACUGGCGCACUUGGAGUUGCAGCUGCACGAGGGCCAGGGCGAAGAGCCAGUCCUGAGCGCCAUGGCCCACAAAGCUUCAAGUUUACUUUCUAUUGUUGACACACUGGCAGAUGACAGGCUCCAAUGA